AUGAGGGAUCAGAUAGACCUGCUGGCCACGGUCACGGUUUUGGGAGUCCUGGAACAAGCCUAUUUUGCACUGCAGGUGAUCUAUGCCCGUCGGAAGUACAAGAUCUCCCCUCCUGAGACAGCAGGUCACCCUGAGUUUGAGCGGAUCUUCAGAGCUCAGGCAAACUGCUCAGAGUACUUCCCAAUCUUCGUUUCGCUCCUCUGGGUUGCUGGAAUCUUCUUCCAUCAAGGAGUGACUGCAGCAUUUGGGCUGCUGUACCUCUACACCCGCCUCAAGUACUUCCAGGGAUACGCCGUGGCUGCGCAGGGACGCUUGGGACCACUGUACGCCAGUGCCUGGCUGCUCUGGCUGCUGCUGGGGCUGGCAAUAGCUGGGCUCCUGGCACACUUCCUGCAGCCCCAUUCCUUCACAAGGAUGGCAGCACUGGCACAGCCCCUCCAGCAACACGGUGCCCAGUGAAAGGGGUCGUGGCUCUCCCAAAACCCACUGUUUACCCUCAGCUGGCACAGUCAGAGUGAAUACCUCCCUGGCUCUGUGUUCCUUUCUGAAGGGAGGCUGAUGCUGGCACUCCUCUGCUCUUCAGAGAUCACAGGAAGCAAAUGCUCCCCAGCCCCUGCUUCACUGCUGGGUUUUGUAGCACUGUCUGCUCUAAAAUGCCUUUGGC